AGAAAGAAAGAAAGAAAGAAAGACCAUUUUUUAUUAAAAAUAUAAAUAAAUCGAUGUAAAAGAGGCGAAAUUAAAACCUUCAGCUCAACACGUUUAUUAACGGCGUCCUUUUUUCUUUCUUUUUUUUUAUAAGAUAUAAAAAGUAAAUGAACUACACAGAAAAAAAUCACAUUUGUUUUACUGAAAAAGAACUUAAACGAACUUAAAUCCCUCAGUCUUAAUAAUAAAUACACAUUUCCAUAAAACAUCCAUAUUUACCCAUGUUCAUUAAAGUAUUUAAAAAACUUAUUCAUUUUAAACAUUUUAAACAUGCCUGCACCGCCCCCGUGCGGUGGAUGUGUGUACAUUUAAACCAAAAUAAAAGGUUGAAGUGUAAAACAAUUAAAUACAAUUAAAUACAAUUAAAUACAGUUGAAUGUCUGUUACGAGUAGGACUGAAGUUGCUGUAUACUGGUAUACUGGACCACUGAUAGAUGGAUAGUUAAAGUUUGCUCUGUGACGUAACAGAGGCUGCAGGUAUGAAAAGGCGGCGCGCGGCGCGGCGGGGGUUCAGUGUGCAGUGUAACUGAAGGAAGGUUGAGUCUCUUCACGAUACGUGAUGAUGUUCCCGACGUUUGAUAUUCCACUGCGCCCCCUGUUGUAUGCGGCUGGAAUUGCAGCCGCGUCGGCCGGAGUUUAUUUUCUGUUAAAGAAGCGCCGCUAUAGGGUCCUACAAACGGGCUCUGGAGUUGGAGCUGUUUGUGCGCUGGAUCCAGGUUUGAUGUGCGACACGGAUGAAGGUCGAGAUGCACAGAGAUGCAGCGCCGAACCCGAGGUGUUGGAGCAGAUGGAGACGCUGUUGGGUUCAGUGCAGCAGCUGACCAAAGAGGUCUUGGAGAUACGCAGUAUCUGUGAGCAGAUUGAUAGUGAAAGGCAGCGAGAGCAGGAGGCCUACAGAAUCCUCAGGGCCGAGUAUGACCAGAUGAGAAAAGCUCUGAAAAUUCGAGAUAAAUUAUACAAGACGAAAUAUCGGGAGGCGUUGGAUACCAAGGUUCAGCUGGAGAACAAAAUCUUUAACCUGGUGUCCGAGAUGAACAAGGUGAAUGAUUUUUUGAGGCAGCUGGAGAAGGAGCUCUCGGAGUCCAAUAGAACGUAUAAGAAGGAACAACAGGACCAAGACGCCAUACAGGACAUUCACAAAUACUUGGUCUCCGAUUGCAAUUUAAUGGAGUCUGGUCCAACUCAGAAAAUCGAUUUCCCAAUGGCUUCCAAAGAAAAAUCUGAAAUGUACGCAAAGUCCCUGUCGGAACACCUAGCCCUAAUGGAAAAGUACAGCGAGUUGCUGAAGGAAUACGAGCACGAGCGCGAGUCUCACGAAGCCCUGAAGCUGCAGUAUGAACAGACGAUGAAGGAAUGUUCAGACAAACAGAAUCCACUGACGAUGUUCCAGGGCACUCAGGACAUGGAAAACAAGCGUUUUUUGGAGAAGGUAAAUUCAGAGUUAAGGAUCCACAAGUUUAAACUGGAAGAGAUGGUGCGGGAGCUCGAUCGAUUCCAUCACGACCUAGAAGUAACGUGCGGGGUUAUAAAGGAGGAUAUCGAUCGAGCACAGGGCAGUUUCAACACUCUACAGUCGCGGUGUGAUGAGACCAUGAAACAGCGCGACGAGUUACUCCAGGAGAUAGAGAAAGAGCGCUUCGCUCACAUCACUCUGAAGAAGGAGGACAGCGAGAUGACGGAAGUUGAAAAAGAGGGCAACAAUAAUCAGGAUAUGGAUCACCUCAGUCAGGAAUUUAAGGAGCUAACAGCAGGGGGCGGUGUUUAACACCUGGAUACACGAAGUCAGUGACUGUGUGAGCCCGUUCCUGUAAUGCUCUCCUGGUCUUCACUGGUGGUUUUCUUUUCCACUGGAGGUGGAGGGGGGUGAGGUUUGAUGCUCUGCGAGGUCGGCUUCUAUACCGACACGAGAAACUGAAAAGACGAAUAGCAGCAGGAUGAGUGAAGAGAAAAGUUCCCAAGUACCACCGCACUGACUCCCGUUCCUCUACUGCUGUUUUAUUAAAAAUUUCACAAAGAACUAAUACCAUGAUUACCAUCAAUCAAAAUAUUAGUGAUAUCCAGACACACCCUUAUCUAGAGCAACGUACAAUUAUAUAAUUUAUACAGGAGUUGAAAGUUAAGGGCCUCACUCAAGGGCCCAGUAGUGGUGGGAUUUGAACUCAUAACCUUCCAGUCUAAAGCCUUCACCACUGAGCAACAUAGUAAUGACACUCGAAGCUGAUGAUGGUGAUGGUCUGGGUUUUUUUUUUUUGGGCUAAUGCUCUAAUCAACAUGACAACCCAUAUGUGCUUCUUCUCCAUGUGCUUCUUAAUCAUUACUGUCUCCCAACAACCAAUCACCAAUCACCAAUGUUUUACAGUAACCAAUCACUAAUCACCACUAUCUCCCAACAACCAACCAUUGAUCACCAUUUUCCCAACAACCAAUCAUAGUCUCCCAACCACCAAUCACUAAUCACCACUGACUUCACAGCAACCAAUCAUAAAAUACAUAUAAAGACACAGGGAUUCAUAUUAUUUAUUAAUUUAUUGAUAUUAUUAAUUUAUUUAUUUUUUUGUAUAUAGAUUUUUUACGUCUAUAUUUUGUAAUACAGACUCAGUGCCACUUUAAAACUGAGACAACAAAAAAAAUACAACAAACUAAUAUAUGCCAAAUAUAAUCAAUUUAUACUAAAUGCAAUAAAAAGUGUAUGUUGAGUAAUUUUGUAAAGUUUUUUUCCAUAGAAAAAUCUC